AUGGAGAGCUUCUCACUCCUCAGCAUCUCGGGGCCCCGGGUCUCCUCCUCGGCCCUGAGCACCUUUCCUGACCUCAUGUCCCCACGGGGCCCCAGCUUGCCAGACAUUGCCAAGACCACGUUCCCCACGGAGGCACCCAGCCCAGCGCAGGCCCCGCUGCCCCAGCACCCGAGCAGCGCUCUGCGGCAAGGGGUGGUGCUCUCACCAGACUGCAUGCUGGGGGACCCCCAGAAUGGGGAGCAGCCGAGGCGGAGCUGCACCAUCUACCGGCCGUGGUUCUCCCCUUACAGCUACUUCGUGUGCGUGGACAAGGAGAGCCCCCGGGAGGCCCACGGCUUCCCCGAGCUGCCGCGGGACGAGGGCCGGGGCGACAGCUGCCUCCUGGAGGACACGGCCGACAGCCUGUGCUCGUCCUCUUCCUCCCCCGAGAACCCCGGACCCCGCGAGGCCAAGGCCCGGCAUGGGGAUGCCGACCACAUCAGCUCCCAGGACAUCCUGAGGGCCUCCCGGGGGCUCCCGGCCCAGCAGACCGGCUUCAAGUGCGCGGCCUGCUGCCGCAUGUACCCCACCCUGUGCUCCCUCAAGAGCCACAUCAAGUGCGGCUUCAGGGAGGGCUUCAGCUGCCGCGUCUUCUACCGCAAGCUCAAGGCGCUCUGGGCCCGGCCCGCAGACAGGCUGCCUUUGGGCGGCGGCCAGGCCCGCAAGUAGCCGGGCGGCUCGGUCGGCAGCAGAGCCUCAUUGCUCUCCAGGGAGAGGCCAAUAAACCCGUUAGCACAGCUCCCUGUAGUCUCCGUCACCGGCACCGCCCGCUGUCCGUCCAGUCCCAUCCAUGUUCCAUCCCCUUUGGCGACCAGUUGCCUAGCAACCCUAGGCCCGCACCCCAUCUCGACACCACCAAAGGUUCGGGGAGAGCCGCUAAGAUGGCAGUUCUCAGUGAGGUGCCCAGACCCGUGCUGCCAGCCCCUGGGGACUUUUCAGGGAAGGGCCUCGGUGUCGGUGAGGCUGCCUGAGGGUGAGACCCACCCCAGUGCUGCCUCCCUGCAGGUC